AUGGAUGCUAUGUGGCGCAUCCAGCUGUUCCUCUUCAAACAAUCAGCGCAUCCCAGCACCGACGCCAUGGCAACACAGCGGGACGUCUUCAGGCAGCAGUGCCGUAGACACUGCCCCCAGAGCACCUACGAGGACCCGGAGAGGAGGCUGUGCCAGCUCUGCAGCGCGCCCUGCACCGAGUGCAGGAGUGACACACACUGCCUGGCCUGCCAGACCGGACACUUCAUGAAUGGACACAACUUUGACGAGAAAAAAGCCAAAAAGACGGGGGAGUGUGUGAAGCAGUGUCCCCGGCAGAGCUUCCCUGACGCCGAUGGGUGGCGCUGCCAGACCUGCCACAGCUCCUGCCAGUCGUGUCACGGGCCGCGCUCCACCCACUGUGACUCCUGUGUGGGCGGGAAGCCAUCGGUCCACGGCCAGUGCCCCCUGGUCAGCUGUCCAGAGGGCCAGUACGACAAGAGCGGUGAAUGCCAUUCUUGUGAUUCCUCCUGCAAGACCUGCUUUGGUCCACAAGCUUUGGACUGUUCAUCUUGUUUUACAGGUCAUCUCCUGGACCCUGAGAGUUCAUGUGUAGAGCACUGCCCGCAAGGGACCUACGCCAACACCUCCACCCAGCUGUGUGAGGCCUGCUCCACUAACUGUGAGGCCUGCCUGGGCUCCAGCGACGUGUGCACCAGCUGCUCAAGAAGUAGCUACAUCUUCCUCCACCAGGGAAAGUGCUGGUCCAACUGCCCAGAAGGAUUCUUCGAGACAAACGAAGGGUCCUGUGAAGCCUGCGACGGCUCCUGUCUGACGUGCGACGCCGGCCCCACCCAGUGCCUCUCGUGUGCCGAGGGCCGCUUCCUGGAGAGCGGCGGCUGCGGCCUCAACUGCUCCCUGCGGACCUUCCCCGGGGAGGACGGCACCUGCCGGCGCUGCCCGCCUCACUGCGACGUCUGCUCGGACCAGAGGACCUGUUUCAGAUGCAGCUUCCUGUACCUGAUCCUGAAUGGCGCCUGUAAGGCCAGCUGCCCCGCGGGGUACUAUGACGACAUGGAGGAUGGCCGCUGCGGCACCUGCCACAACACCUGCAGCACCUGUUUCGGGCCCCUGGCCGACGACUGCGAGACGUGCUCCAAGGCCACGCCCAAGCUGUACGACGGGGCCUGUGCCACGGACUGCCCCCCCGGCACCUACUACGAGACCGCAGCCAUGGAAUGCCAAGAGUGCCACCAGACAUGUGCGAGAUGCUUCGGCUCUGAGGCCAACCAGUGUACCCAGUGUGAGAGAGGCCUAGUGCUGGACCCAAGCACCUUGUUGUGUGGCGUGACUGGUGACACCGAAUGCCCGCCCAGAACCUACCUGCACGACGACCACUUCACCUGCAAGGCCUGCCACCGCCAGUGCCACUCCUGCAGCGGGCAGGGCCAGGACCAAUGCCUGACGUGCACUGCGCCUAAGUUCCUCUACAACAGAACGUGUGUGACUGUGUGCCCUGCCAGGACGUUCAGCUCCCAGCAGGCGGCCGACGGGGCGGAGUUGAGGGCCUGUCUACCAUGUGACCACGUGUGUGCCGCCUGUUCGGGGCCUUCCCCUAACGACUGCCUCACCUGCUCACCUGGAUUUCUGCGUCUCCAAACUCUCUGUGUGUCCAGUUGUCCUGCAGGGUACUACCGAGAAGGCUCCAGCUGUGAGGAGUGUGACCGCUCCUGUGAACAGUGCACGGGCCCGGGGCCUGGGUUCUGCCAAGCCUGCGCUGCUCCUUUGUUGGAGCUGCUGGGCACGAGGCUGUGCGUGGAGCGUUGCCCACGCCGGUUCUAUCAACUCGACGCCGUCUGCCAUCGUUGCCACAUCAGCUGCCAGACCUGCACGGGAGAUGCCUCUCCUAAGAGCUGCCUGACGUGUGACUUGGGCAACACCCUGUUGGAUAACGUAUGUUACCCACGGUGUGGGGAGGGCAAGUACUAUGCACAAAAGGACCUUUGUGAGCCAUGCCACAGCUCGUGCAGACACUGUGCCGGUGCAGGGCCUGCCCACUGUCUAUCCUGCUUACCCCAUUUCGGCCUCCACGCCAUGGAGGGCCGAUGUGCCCCUUGCUGCCAAACCCGGGGGAACGACACAAACUGCUGCGUGUGUGACACAAUCACAGCCCUGUGUACAGAGGCCCCUCUGCCCAAGUCGGGAGAUCUCGGCGGGAAGGCAAACCUGAACACGGAGCCCGCCAGGAGCGAAGGGCACGCAUUGGCUGGCCUGCCCUUGGCCCUGCUGCUGGCACUUGGACUGGCGCUGGCCGCGUUCGCCCUGGUCAGGGCGCGGGCCAAGAAGAGGCUGUGUUGGCACCGCAGCUACGAGAGACUGAGCGGGAGCGCGAGAGGCACAAUGCCCCACGGCGUGCCUGAGCCAGAUGGCGGCGGCGAGGUGGACGUGGUGUACACCACCAAGGGGGGGUCGGUGUACCGCCGCUACAGCUUCUACCACGACCAAGACCCCGACGUCGCCCAGCACGACGCGGAUGACAACGUGGACUCCCUCAACCGAUCCUAGACGAAUAGACAGAACGCCGCCGCGGUGCCUAUGAUAGUGAACAUUCACACACACAAGUUUAUAUAAAUUCUUCAUGGGUGGGGGGAAGGGGAGAAGAACAGAGAAGUAGUUUAGGUGAUUUUUAGAAGCCAAUGUCAUCAAGUGCCUGCUAAAUGCAACGCUCAGUAGGUAGCAGAAUUGUUUUAUGUUAUAAGCAGUGUUGGGGUAGUUACUCAAAAAAAGUAAUUAGUUACUUAUUACUAGUUACUUCUGUAAAUUGUAAUGAGAUUACUUUACUAGUUACUGCAUUUGAAAAGUAACUUCACUACUUAUUACUUUACUUUCCCGUUUCUUAACUUACUGUGGAUACAUGGACAAACAUCAUAGCCCUAUCAUCACUUAGUGUUUAUUGUAUAAAUCUAUAUAUAAACCAUAUGAAAGAACAAUAUCCCUGUCUGCACAAAGAUAUGCCUCACUGUAAAAUCCACAAACAGGAUAAGGUAGGCUUUGGUGUGGUCAGUCAGUAGCAACACACAAGUUUCAAAACACAGGCUUUGGGAAACAUGAGAACAUAAAUGAAGUGGUCAAUGAAAAAUAUAAAAAGGUCACUUCAUCCCAUACAAUUAAAACAGAAAUGCACUUAAGUGGCGAUGACACAUGCUGUUACUUUAUGUGGUCCAAAGGCUGAUUAACCUGAACUAUUUCGCAAAAAAUGGCUCUCUCACCCUCUUGCAGGCAAGAGCAGACUUCACAAGUUUAAAAGUAAUGCUGUCUAUCCAGUGCACCGUCAUUCCUAAUUAGGAAUGACGGUGCACUGGAUAGACAGCAUUACUAUAAAACUUUAGAAAAAAGUUACUUGGGAAUCGUAUCUUUUUGGGGGUGCUUAUCACAUUGUCCUGCGUACUACGGUGAGGGUUUCUGUGCGCCCUAACAAUUAAUCCUGCGCCCCUUCCCUUCUCCGUUCCGUUUGGGAACCGUUUGUUUCGUAUAUUUUUAUUAAUUAAUUAAGGGCGCCCCCAACACAUUUGCCGCCCUAGGCGAUCGGUCGCCUGUGCCGAUCGCCGGCCCUGCAUGCACGCACCACAACAAAUCAGAACUUACACGCAAGCAAACACGGCUUGGGUAACGCAGGAAAGCGCGUUACUAUAGUCUAGUAAAGUAGUAUCGUUACCGAUCUUUAAAAUGUAUUGAGUUACUUUACUUCGUUACCCAAAAAAGUAAUAUCGUUACUGUAACGCGUUACUUUGUAACGCAUUAAAAAUACGCGUUGUAGCGCGUACUUUUCAUUCGCCACUUAAUUUUUGCGUUACUUUGUAACGCGUUACCCCCAACACUGGUUAUAAGAUGUAGAAAUAUAACAAAUUGUAAACAUUUGCAAGUUUACGACUGAAUACUGUAUUAUUUGUGUAAAUAUAAGACAUAGCUGCAAUAAAGUUUUUUUUUCUGCAUGAUAUAUAAAAGGAAUCAAAUUAGUAAACAAUUGUUGCUGUAAUAAUGUCAAAAACAUGUAGGCAGAUGCAUUUAUUUUUACUCAAUACUUUUAUUAUAUGUUGUACCUUAAGUACAAGGAAGCAAAUUACUGCCAAAAUUGAGUAUGUUUUUUAUGACUACGAUUGUUGACUUGAACAGGUGUGUAAAAUAAACUAUGAAUCAUGA